AAAUAAAAUGGCAGCUGUUGUGUCUCCGAGGCAGUGUGAUAGUAAUCCUGCAACUCCUAGUGCUCAUUCUGUUAAGGAUGACAUUGAAGAGAAUUCCAGCGAUGGGAGCCAAGCGCCUAAGAGACGUCGAAUGGGGUCAGGAGAUAGUUCGAGAAGCUGCGACACAACUGGUCAGGAACAGGGACCCACAUAUUUUCCUGCUGAGAAUCUGACAGAGUACAAAUGGCCUCCAGAUGAAACAGGAGAGUACUAUAUGUUACAAGAACAAGUUAGCGAAUAUUUAGGGGUCACCUCAUUUAAGCGGAAAUACCCAGACUUGGAGAGGAGAGACCUAUCUCACAAGGAAAAAGUUUACUUAAGAGAACAAAAUGUCAUCACUGAGACUCAGUGUACACUGGGUCUUACUGCUUUGCGCAGUGAUGAGGUUAUUGAUUUAAUGAUUAAAGAGUACCCAGCGAAACAUGCAGAAUACUCAAUUAUUCUUCAAGAACGCGAGCGCCAGAGGAUAGCCAAAGAGUACUCCGUCAGCACCCUGAGUGCACAAAUGCAGCAGCAAAGUCCUCAGAAGGUUGAAGCCAGCAAAGUCCCAGACUAUAUAAAGAAAGCUGCUAAAAAAGCAGCUGAAUUCAACAGCAAUUUCAACAGAGAGCGCAUGGAGGAAAGAAGAGCCUAUUUUGAUCUUCAAACACAUAUAAUUCAGGUACCCCAAGGAAAAUACAAAGUCCUCCCACCAGAAAUGACCAAAACUGGCCCCUACCCAGUUGCCCUCAUUCCAGGACAGUUCCAGGAGUACUACAAAAGGUACUCUCCAAAUGAGCUGCGGUACUUGCCCAUAAACACAGCUCUGUAUGAACCUCCUCUGGACCCUGAACUGCCUGCUCCAGAUAGCGAUGGUGACUCUGAUGAUGGUGAAGAUGGCAAGGGGGAAGACUGCAAGAAAAACAAAGGCUCAUCUGACAGUUCAACUGGAAACACCUCAGAUGGUGACAGCCAGGACAGUGGGAUCCAGUCUAAAGGCAAGAGCAAAGGCAAAGAUACCCCUCAUCGCCCUGCUCAACUCAAAUCUGUCCCUGGGUACAAGCCUAAGGUCAUACCCAAUGCUAUAUGUGGCAUAUGUCAGAAGGGUAAAGAGUCCAACAAGAAGGGAAAACCAGAGGCUCUCAUCAAUUGCUCUCAAUGCCAAAACAGCGGUCACCCGUCCUGCCUGGAUAUGAGCGCCGAGCUGGUGAUACAGAUUAAAACCUACCCGUGGCAGUGCAUGGAGUGUAAAACCUGCACAGUGUGUGAGCAGCCCCAUCAUGAGGAAGAGAUGAUGUUCUGUGACAAGUGUGAUCGUGGUUUUCACACCUUCUGUGUUGGCAUGGACUCCAUUCCCAUGGGUCGCUGGGUGUGUGAUUGCUGCAAUAAAGAUGACUUGUCUCCUACUAAAAAAACAAUACUUAAAACACCAAAAAAAUACAAAUAAGAAUAUACACUCACUGGCCACUUUGUUAGGAGGAUUGCUAAUUUUAAUUAGAACCUCGUGUUUCAAAAUAUUUGAAUGAAUUGUGCUGUGUGUGACAUUCCUUUGAGAUUUUGGUCAAAGUAUCAUCUUAGUAUCUUCAGAUGCAAAUUUCGUACAUACUUAAACCAGCCCGUCCGGGUAGUUUGGUAAUUAUGUUGGGUAAUUAUGUAAAUAGCAGGUGUUUCUUAAGUGGCUAGGUACAUCAGUAGUGCCAUUUUGAACAUUUUUUUUAACUACUACAUGACAGACUGGACUAGCAAUCAUUUUUCAACCUAUUAAUGUAUAACUGUUUUUACACUUUUCUAAAAUAA